AUGCACCCGAGGUCGCGCAUUCGCGGACGCGAGCCGCCGCCCCCGCCGCCGCCGCCGUCAUCCGGAGGACGAUACCGCCGACGGUCCCCGCCCCUGCCGCCGCCCUCCCCGCGGCCGCAGCACCACCAGCGCCGGGCCCCGCCGCGGCGCAGCAGCCCCGAACGGCCGCCCCCGCGCCGCCUGCUGGCGUUGGACGAGAAGCCCCUCCCGCCGCCGGCGGCCGCGCUCGUCGUCGCCGCCGAACGGCGCUGGCGCAACGACGUGCUCCUCGAGGCCGGCCGCCUGGCCGCCCACUACCUGGUCGCGCAGGGCGUCCUCCCCGACCACCUUCUCCACGCCCGGGAACACCCCAGCCCCAAGCACCACCACGUUCUCCACGCCAGGGACGACCCCAUCCCCAGCCCCCGCCCCGAGAUCUCCGCCCCCGCCGCCUACGCCAGGAAGAGGGAUGACGACGGGCCGCCGCGCCCUGAUGACGACCCCAGAUGGCGACGCAACGGCGGCGGCGGCGCCGACUGGGGCCGCGACAAGAGGGACGAGGACGACGGCGCCAGGCUCGCCCGGGCCAAGUCGGGCUGGGACCGCAGGACCCAGAGCUUUGACGGAAGACGCAGGUACAACGAGGGCGAUGGCGGACGCGGUGCUGGCGGUGACGCCGACCGGGGCGUUCGCCGGAGCCACCCGUACGACGAGAAGAGGAGACCCGCCAUGUCACGCUCCUACUCCCAGAACGACCGCCGGGCCUCCAGCGACGACCGCCGGCCGCCCCCCAUCGAUGACCGCCGUUUGCCCUCUGUUGACCGCAGACUGGACCGGAAGCGGAGGAGCAGAAGCAGGAGUAGAAGCCGGAGCCGGAGCCGGAGCAGAACCAGGCCCAGGAGCUCUUACAGUGGCGGCCGGAGGGAUCCAGACUGGCGACCACGCGGUGGUGAUUUUGAUCAGCCACGCAGUGGCGAUCUGGAUCAGAGCAAGGUGCCAGCAGAGUCUGCAACUGUUGCCAGCCGCGACCGCGAUGUGGACGGCGAUGAUGUCGAUAAACUGCCGGGGGAUCCGAAGAUUCCUCGCUCGGAGGUGGUGAUGGUGGAGGCGAAAGACGGUGCCGGCCGCGAAGAUGAAGCUGCAGUGGAACCAGAGCAUGAUGGUGCCAGACAUGAAGAUGAAGAGGCAGAGUAUGAGUAUGAAGAGGUGGUGGAAUCAGAUGAUCAUGGUGAAGAUGAUGAUGGUGUCACCUAUGAAUAUGAAGAGAUGGAAGCAGAGGACAAUGGCCAGGACGAUGAGGCUGCUGCUGUUGCUGGCUUGAAUGAUGCUGAUGCUGAUGCUGCUGAAAUAAAUGCCAGCCACCAACUGCCCAUGGUGGAUGUUCAUCCAUCACAGGCUGCUGAGGAACCGGCGCACACGCAGCCCCAGCUCAGCUACGUCGAGGAGGCCACGGAGGCGGGCGUUGCGCGUGUGGAUGCAUGCCUGAUUGAACCAGUGGCUGAGAACAGUGGUUGUUCUGAGGUUACAGGUGAAACGGAUGAUCUGCAGAGUCAACCUGGAACUGGACUUCAAGCUGGAGGUGAAAUGGAGGCUCUGCAGAGUGAACUUGGAACUGAACUUCAAGUUAGAGGUGAAAUGGAGGUUCUGCAGAGUGAACGUGAACUUCAAGUUGCAGGUGAAAUAGCGGCUCCGCAGAGUGAACUUGAAGCUGAACCACAAGUUACCGAUGAAGUGGCGGCUCCGCAAAGUGAACGUGAAACUGAAAUUCAAGUUGCAGGUGAAAUGGAGGCUCUUCAAAGUGAACCUGAAACUGAACUUCAGGUUGCCGAUGAGAUGGAGGCUCCGCAAAGUGAGCUUGGAACUGAACAUCAAGUGGCAGGUGAAAUGGAGGUUCUGCAAAGUGAACCUGAAACUGAACUUGUCGAGGAAACUCCACAAGCGGAAAUUGAGCUUGGAACUGAACUUCAAGUGGCAGGUGAAAUGGAGGCUCUGCAAAGUGAACCUGAAACUGAACUUGUCGACGAAACUCCACAAAUGGAAAUUGAGCUUGGAACUGAACUUCAAGUGGCAGGUGAAAUGGAGGCUCCGCAAACUGAACAUGAAUCUGAACUUGUUGAGGAAACUCCACAAAUGGAAAUUGAAGCUGCUGAUGGUGAUCCUACUAGAGAUGAAGAAGAGCUGCCGGCUUGGUAUCAAAUUUUUGACCUCAAUGUCGACGGAACUCGUGAGAGCUGUGAAGUGACUGAGAUUCCUGGUGAUCCUCCUGAAGAACAUGCUUGUGAUUCUCUGCCUGAUUUAGUUGGUCAGAUGAGCCAGCAAGCAUACUAUGAUCCUCCAGAUACUCAAGUUCAAGAUAAACGUGCAGAUGAAAACCAACAGUUCGAGGAUGAUCAGGUGCUUCUAAAUCAGGGUAUUGGCAUGCAUGAUUUGGAUAGGAACUACCAGAACAGCGAGCAGAUGCUUAUAAAUCAGAUAGCCGAUGAGCAUGGACAGGGUGAUCAACAGCUGGAGGGCGAGCAAAUAAACAAUGAGGAAACAAUGCUAAAGCAAGAUGCGGAGGAGCAGGUGCAGAAUGAGCAAUUGUUACCUGAUCGUGCUACAGACGUUAAUCACCAGAUAAAGGAGGAACAAAUGCUUCUAGAUCGUGUUACAGUUGUGCAUGACUUGGAUCAUUGUGAUCUGAACGGUGAACAGAUGCUACUAAAUGAUGGUUCAGUUAAUAAAUCUGCAGUUGAUGGGGACCAGUUAAAGGAUGGGCAAAUGGACCGGGCUGCAAAGAGGCAAGCUACACUUCGCAGCCUGGACAGUGGUCAAAUGAUGAUUCCUAUAAUUAAUUUGGAUGACGACGACGACGAUGAUGAUUAUGCAGAGCAGCCUGGUACCAGAGAGUUCUUAGAACCCAAAACGUAUGUGUUCUCAAGACGAGCAAGCCGCAAGCUUUCCUGA